AUGGCGUCAACGGGUCUUAUCGGCUCCAACACCAUCAAGGUCGUUGCGAGAUUCCGACCGCAGAACAAAGUCGAACUAUCGUCCGGAGGAGAGCCGAUCGUCGAGUUUGAAAAUGAGCAGUCAUGUCUCAUCAACUCCAGGGAAGGCACCGGAGCCUUUACGUUCGAUCGCGUCUUCCCCAUGGAUUCGAGACAAGGGGAUAUCUUCAACUACUCCAUCCGCCCUACCGUCGACGAUAUUCUGAAUGGUUACAACGGUACGGUCUUUGCCUACGGUCAAACAGGUGCCGGAAAGUCGUAUACGAUGAUGGGUUCCGAUAUCGAUGAUGCGGAGGGCAAGGGUAUCAUUCCGCGUAUUGUCGAGCAGAUCUUCGCCAGCAUUCUCACCAGCCCGAGCAACAUCGAGUAUACCGUGCGCGUCAGUUAUAUGGAAAUCUACAUGGAGCGGAUUCGGGAUCUGCUGGUGCCGCAGAACGACAACCUUCCCGUUCAUGAGGAGAAGUCGCGCGGUGUCUACGUCAAAGGGCUGCUCGAGGUUUAUGUGUCCAGCGUGCAGGAGGUCUACGAGGUGAUGCGGCGUGGUGGUGCGGCAAGAGCGGUGGCCGCGACAAACAUGAACCAAGAAUCGUCCCGGUCGCACUCCAUCUUCGUCAUUACGGUUACGCAGAAGAAUCUCGAGACGGGCUCAGCAAAGAGCGGCCAACUUUUCCUGGUCGAUCUGGCAGGUAGCGAGAAGGUUGGCAAGACCGGCGCAAGCGGCCAGACUCUCGAAGAGGCGAAGAAGAUCAACAAGAGCUUGAGUGCUCUUGGUAUGGUCAUCAAUGCGCUGACUGAUGGGAAAUCGACCCAUAUCCCGUACCGUGACUCGAAGCUCACCCGUAUCUUACAGGAGAGUUUGGGUGGUAACUCUCGCACAACUUUGAUCAUCAACUGCUCGCCCAGUAGCUACAACGAUGCGGAAACGAUCUCGACGCUGCGAUUCGGUGUGCGCGCUAAGGCGAUUAAGAACAAGGCGAAGGUCAAUGCUGAGCUGAGCCCGGCUGAGCUGAAACAGUUGCUUCGCAAAGCCCAGACCCAAGCAACCAACUUUGAGACGUACAUUUCGGCCCUGGAAACCGAAGUUCAUGUAUGGCGAAGCGGUGAACAGGUUCCCAAAGACCGCUGGACACCUGCCCGAGGUAACGAGGCCGUUAGCGCAGCCAAAGUUGAAGCUCGUGCGCCGCGACCCAGCACCCCUUCUCGACUACAGGAAACCCCCCGAUCCGAGACUCCACGACCGGACUCCAGGUUUGGCGAUCGCUCCAGCACCCCUAGCCUGGUUCUCGAGAAGGAUGAGCGGGAGGAAUUCCUUAGACGGGAAAAUGAGCUCCAGGAUCAGAUUGCUGAACGGGAGAGCCAUAUCGCGAAUGUGGAGAGAAGCCUGCGUGAGGCCCGCGAGGAACUGAAGAGCUUGAAGGAGAACUCGACACGUUCUGGAAAGGAUAAUGAAAAGCUGAACACGGAGGUCAAUGAACUUCGUAUGCAACUGGAGAAGGUGUCAUACGAGGGCAAGGAAGCUUCCAUCACAAUGGACAGCCUUCGCGAAGCCAACACCGAAUUGACGACAGAGCUGGAUGAUGUGAAACAGCAACUCCUCGAUGUCAGAAUGAAGGCCAAAGAGACCAGCGCUGCGCUAGAUGAGAAGGAGAAGAAGAAGGCGGAGAAGAUGGCCAAGAUGAUGGCUGGGUUUGACCUGGGAGGGGACGUUUUCUCGGACAACGAGCGCAAACUUCAGGAUCUCAUCCAGCGGGUCGAUGCGCUGCACAAGAUCAGCGAGGCCGGCGAGCCUGUUGCGCCAGAUGAUCUCUCAGAGCUGCGCACCAGUCUGUUGGAGACUCAAGGGUUCAUUCGCCAGGCUGAGCUCACCAUGAAUGACCGGGGUGAAUUGGGCGAGCUGCAGGACAGCCGCAGAGCGGAGGUGGAGCAGAAGCUGGCCGAUCUCGAGCGGGACUAUGAGAAUCUCCUGGAGCGGAACCUGGGUGAAGGCGAUGUCGAGGAAAUCCGGGAGCGGCUAGAGAAGAUCUACGUGGCCCGCAAGGAAGCCGAGAUGCAGGCUGCGGCGGAACUCCGCAGCGAGAUCACACGAAAGGACGAGGAGCUGACCAAGUUGCGUCAGUCCCUUGCCGACUCCCAGUCCAAGGUGUCGACCAACGGUGCUGCGGGUAAGAACCUGCAACAGCAGAUCGCCGAGUUCGAUGCCAUGAAGAAGUCCCUGAUGCGGGAUCUGCAGAACCGCUGUGAGCGGGUGGUGGAACUUGAGAUCUCGCUGGACGAUGCUCGAGAACAGUACAACAACGUGCUGCGCUCAUCCAAUAACCGCGCCCAGCAAAAGAAGAUGGCCUUCCUGGAACGCAACCUGGAACAACUGACCCAUGUACAGCGGCAGCUGGUGGAACAGAACAGCAGCCUGAAGAAGGAGGUCGCCAUCGCCGAGAGAAAGUUGAUCGCUAGGAACGAGCGGAUUGCGAGUCUUGAAAGCUUGCUUCAGGAGAGCCAGGAGAAACUUACUCAGGCGAAUCAUCGGUUUGAAGCUCAACUUACUGCUGUUAAAGAGAGGCUCGAGGCCGCGAAGCAGGGGUCGACAAGGGGUCUUCCGUCUAUGGAUGGCAGCGGCUUCAGCUUCGGGGGUUCGAGGAUCGCUAAGCCGCUCCGAGGCGGCGGCGGCGGAGGGCCAGAGAGCAGUGCUCCGGUCGCGGGAGUCCAGUCGCAGGAGAGUGGAAAGCGCACGAGCUGGUUCUUUGAUCGACGAUGA